CUGAGACCGAAAGUGUCAGGUCACAUAGUCAGGCUUUUUCUGUAAAUCGAUCAUAGUUCGGGGACUUCUGCGGAUGGAGAACAAGGAGGAGACACGCACCUGCGGCCAGUGCCACAAAGACGUCGCAGAGGCCAACUUCGCUCUGCACGAAACGCACUGCAAGCGCUUCUUGUGUCCCUGUCCUGACUGUGGUGAAUCAGUUCACAGAGAGCUACUGGACAAACACAGAGAGGAAGAGCACGCACAGGUGAGAUGCUCCAAGUGUAACAAGAAGAUGGAGCAUCGUCACCUGAAGGAUCACGAGUCUGACGAGUGUGUGGAGCGUCUGCAGAGCUGUCAGUUCUGCGAGCUAGAGCUGCCGCACAAGGAGCUGGACGAACACAGUCUGGCCUGUGGGAGUCGCACUGAACGCUGCUUGGAAUGCGGCCGCUACGUCACCCUGAAGGACCGGGCCGAGCACGAACUGACCUGCUCAGCUGCUGACGACGACUCAGCUGCUCCUCAGACUAGCAGCAAGCCGCCAUCAAACGAGAGAGUAACAGUGAUGUGUAACAGAUGUAUGAAAUCAAUUCCAGCUGAGGAUUUAGACGAUCAUGAGCUGGAGUGUUUUCCAACAACCAGACUGGACAAUGAAGAGGCUGCACCAGAGGAGGAAGAGAGCGACGAUGAGGAUGACUUCUACAGUGUGAGGGAAUCUACUUGGCUAAGCAGCACCUUUAAGGCAAACUCCCUGUCAGACGAACCCAGCAGAGGUCCCUGGGGUGAUGAAGGUGACCCAAACCAGAUCAGCACCUGCCCCCACUGUCACCUGGCCCUGCCUAACUUCACACUACGCUGGCACACGGUGAAGUGCCAAAUCCACAUUCUCUUGAAAUAAAGAGACAGAGCUCGUCAGGAUGGAAACACUGCUUCAGAGAACUUUGAUCAUGUGUUAUUAGCAAAAGGAUGGAAAACUUACUGGGCUCCUUUUUAUGUCUAGACAAAGGUUUACAUUUUGUUUUUAGUUUUACUUACAUUUAGUGUUAGUGCGUGCAUGGCUUUGUGCUCGCAUGAAGAGAAGGUGUUCUCAGAAAGUUCUCAGUAUCUCAUUAAACUUCACAGUCCCACUGACUUUCUAAUUUUCCUUUAUUAAAUACAAAUACAGCCACUAAACUGCAAAGCUAAAAGCUAAUUGCAUCUGUCUAACAAGCGAAUGGUGUUUUGAGUCAGCAGCAUCAAAUUGAGCAACAAAAGUUUACAUGCCAAAGUCUGAGAUGAACUAUUUAUAAAGACAUAUUAACCAUAACCUGUAGAAAUAAUGGAUGUAGCUACCGUGAUGUCGCCCAUUGGUUCGUGGACUGCCAUUUUGAAGCCUUGAGUUCAGCCAAAGACGGUGGAUAAACCAAGACGGUCCACUGCGAGUCAGUUUCCUGUAUCAGUGUCACGUGGGGUUCACGACCACCACGCCCCUUUAGGAGACUAACAGCAGGUUCUGUGUCCAUUGACUUCAGUGGGAGAAAUGAACGAUUUUUUUGCCCCAUAGUCACCGAAGCAAAUAUUGGACCCAUUUAUCACAAGCCACAUAUCUUCAGAACAUUCUGACACCAAAAUGGCAAAUUUCAGACGGACAAAUCAGGAGAAAAUUUAUUUUGUUCAAGACCUGUCUCUGUCUCAACAACACACUCUCGCGAGACCUGGCAACAGGUAUCUCCUCUCUGAUGCUGAAAUCAGUGCAGUUGAAACAUGAUUGAGCUAGCAAAGCAGUUUUGUGUUGCUAUGUGUGGUAUUUAUUCAGUUUUGGGAAAUCACGAGGUCU